UGUAUGCACAGCGCUGCAACUCUGCAGUCUGUGACCAGCAGAAAAAGAGGGCCAUUGAUUCAAAAUGUCUGCGCCCAAACACACAGCAACACACUCGAUCCCUCCUCACGCUCUGGCCCAGCUGGCACGACAGUGGCUGUCAGAGGACACACCAAACUUUGACCCUGCCGGGGUGUGUGUGGGAUCAAAGGAGGUCGAGGCAAGGCUGCUGUGUAAGACACCACACAGCAUCCUGGCAGGGAGUCCCUUCUUCACGGCAGUGUUCACUGAGGUCGGCUGCACCGUGAACUGGAUUCACCAGGAGGGAGCUGAGAUCGCAGGUCCAGAUGCUGUCACACUGACUGCUGUGGUGAGAGGCCCAGCAAGGUGCCUCCUCCUUGGGGAAAGGCCAGCUCUCAACUGCCUGGCUCGGGCCUCUGGGAUCGCCACUCGCUGCUCUAAGCUCCAGGCUAUGGCAACAGCUAGAGGAUGGCAUGGAGAAGUAGCUGGCACACGCAAGACCACCCCGGGCUUCCGUCUGGUGGAGAAGUACGCCAUGCUGGUUGGUGGCGUGUCCAUGCACAGACAGGACCUGAGUGGAAUGGUGAUGCUGAAGGACAACCAUGUCUGGGCAUCAGGAAGUAUCACAGAGGCUGUUAAAGCUGCUCGGUCAGUGUGUGGCUUCAGCAGUAAGAUUGAGGUGGAGUGCCGCUCUGCAGAGGAGGGCAGAGAUGCAGCUGGAGCAGGAGCAGACAUUGUUAUGCUGGACAACUUUCAACCUCAGGAACUCCAUGUUGCAGCUUGUGAACUGAAAGCAGAGUUCCCAACUCUACUGAUAGAAGCCAGUGGAGGAGUUACUCCAGAGAACUUAGCUAUGUAUUUUUCCCCCCAUGUGGACAUCAUUUCCCUGGGCUGCAUAACACAGGGCUGCCCGGUUGUGGACUUUUCUCUGAAGGUUCAAAAGCCUGGUUCUCACUCAAGCCUCAACACCACAAUGUGAUAUACAUUGACUUUUUGUUCUGAUGAAUUGAAGAGUUCAAUGGAAGUUGAUUUAAUUGCUGGAGUAACUUCUGUUACAGUGAUGUUUUUCUUGAUUAAGACAUAACCCACAUCCUGUUUGCUUACUGUGUCAUUAGUCAUUUCAAUAAAGAUAAAAGGAAUAUCGAUGUUAGAAAAGACUUGCCAGCAUCACGUAGACUAUUUCAUGUAGCUAUUGAAAAACCAAACACUGUUUGUAAAAGUACAUUUCCAAUGAGGAACAGCAGUCACAAGUUGAAACUAACAUCCAGUCUGGGUUCACAGACUUACAUAAAAAAAGUUCAGACUUAUGCAACCUAGAAUUAAACUCGUGGUGUCUAUGCGUUCAAAUAGUUUAGUUACAUUCUUCCAGGUUUUGAGAUUUGAACUACCUCACACACAAUUUAGGUGAAUGUAAUUUGGUUUUUGGUGGUCACAGCACUGAAACAUGCCACGGAAACAUCCUCCAGAAAAAGUGUCCUGAUUACUGAGGGGCACCGACAUUUAGAGAGCUAAACCUAAACCAGAACUUCCAGGUUCCAAAAGUAAAAAUCACAACAUAACAACAUAUGUGUGUUAGGAAACAGUGGUCUGUUUACAUAUCCAGUUGAUACGGAGCAAAAUUAUGAUGAAUCUGACAAUGAUGAAUGUAAGGCCAAUAUUCUCUCUCCUAUUUGCUCUGUUUAUGGUCUCUACCAACUCCUUAUCGAAAUGCUCCAUUAAACUCAGUGGCCCCAUUAUUAGGUACAUCUGUGCAGUCUAACACAAUCCAAAGUGGCAGAUCGCCUCUUUGUUGGAAGGACAUUUGUCUUGUGUGAACAGUAAGAUAGCAGAGAUUGGUAGCUUGUUUUGUGACAGUUUUGUUUGUUGUGUUUUACUCUUGGUAAUCUUUGAAGCCUGGAAGUGGGGUCAGGGUUAGAUUUUAUAAUUAGACUGAUUUUGCUGAUUCCUCCACUUGUAGCCAUUUGUGUUGUUACAUACACUAGGUGCAGGGGUGCUGUUCCUGGUGUGUUUUUGGUUUUUUAGUCGGCUUUGGUAGCCAGUUUUG